GUGUCUGUCUUUCUCACAGUUUGGCUGUGGUCGGCCUGAGCAUACAGCACAGAGCCUGACGUCUGGAGGGAGGAAAACACAGACAGGUAUCUUAUUCCGGGCACUAAAGAUGGAGCUGUCGGCGGUGGGAGAUCGCGUUUUCGCCGCGGAAGCCAUACUAAAACGCCGCGUUCGUAAGGGAAGACUUGAAUACUUGGUAAAGUGGAAAGGAUGGGCCAUGAAGCACAGCACUUGGGAGCCAGAGGAGAAUAUUCUGGAUGAUAGGCUGAUACUGGGCUUUGAGCAAAAGGAACGAGAAAGGGAACUGCAUGGGCCGAAGAAGCGGGGCCCAAAACCCAAAAACUUUGUCUUGAAGCAGGCCCGUGCUCAGAACAGAGGGAACAGCGGCCGAGCUUCUAACGCCCGCCAGACCACAUCACGCUCCUCUGCGUCCACUUCCAGCAGAGCAACACCUUCCCCCUCUUUGUCCGCCCCUCCUCAUCAUUUAGCAUCCUCCUCCUCUUCUUCCUCCACUGUAGCACCCUCUCCUAAACUCAAUUCCCUCGCUGCCACCCACAAGCUGAAGAAAGACAUUCACCGCUGCCAUCGGAUGUCCAGGCGUCCUCUUCCCCGCUCAGACCCCAUGGCGCCUCCCUUCUCCAACCCUGGUGGCUUCCCCUCCCGCCCCCACGUCUCCCCAUUCUCUGAAACCGUCCGUAUCCUCAACCGUAGAGUCAAACCCCGGGAAGUCAAGAGGGGUCGCAUCAUCCUCAACUUGAAGGUCAUUGACAAGCCGGGUAGGGGCGGCACAGCUGCAGGUAGCAGGAAUAUCGCAGCAGGACGCCAAAACAUCCCUUCACGUAAUCGUAUCAUUGGGAAGAAGGGUGAGGCACCCUACAGACCUUUCCAGCCUCCAAUGAAGAUGCUCGGCUUCCCGAUGUACGGGAAGCCUUUUGGGCUGCAGUGUGGCGGUCCUCUGCCCUUUCCCUCUCACCCAGGGUCAUGCUCCAGCAUGGGGGCUAGGGACACCCACUCUUCAUCCUCCCGGUACCAGCCACCUCCUUCUCCCUCCAGCUCCAGCGGCUCUGAAGGAAAAUCUCCCACCAAUGCAGCAGCUGCUAAAUCAAACACACCUACAGGAGCCUCUCCUUCAACUGAAGCUCCAAAGUCUGGUACACCUCACACAGAGACCCAGAGCACCAAGCCACCUGCUACUGCCCAAUGCUUAGAUGGAGGCGCAGCAGCAUCCGGGUCACCUUUCCUCCCCUCCUCACCUUCAUCAUCCUUGGAGGAUGAAGAAAAUCGUUCAGAAGGAGGCAGAAGGAAACCUCACCAACAAAAGGCUAAGCUGCCCACUGCCUCUUCCUCUGCCACCCCUGGAGACCAGAGUUCUGCCCCAACUGAACCCAAAAGGGUGCCCGCAGAAGGAGACCCAGAUUGGCAUCCUGAAAUGGGCCCCAGCUGCAAGGAUGUAGUGGUCACUGACGUCACCACCAACCUCGUUACCGUCACCAUAAAAGAGUUCCCUUCCCCUGCCUCCUGCCCCGCCUCGCCCUCAGCCAACCCUGAGGAAGCGUCCUCCCCUCCCCCCAGUACAGCCUCUAACGACCCCUCUCCCCCAAAGCCAUAGGAGAUCAGAUGUUAUGAAGUUGUUUGCCAUUGAUGAUGAAAAAUUAUCAUGCCAGUGUUGCCACCUUAGCCCCCUCAUACCUUGUCCUCAAAGGUAUGUCCAUAUUUGUCAAUUAAAAUGAAAUGUGACUUAAUACCGCCCUGCCAUUGAAUUAUAGAAAAGAGCAUAUUUUUUUUAAAGAAUUGUAAAAAUUUGAAUAGGGGGCAGCUAAUUCCCCUUUAUGUCUCUUAAAUUUGCCAUAUUUUGUCCACUUGCACAGCACUGACUCUUCAGAUGGAUCAAGUGUUUGUUUCUUUCACUUGUUUCUAACAUGCUGAGUUUAGCUUAUUUGGUGCAAUAAAAGUUUUCCAGAAAGUGAAAAAGAAACCCAUCUUGAGUGCUGGGUGAGCUUUUGUGAAGCUCACUUGAUGAAUGUGAAAGAAACAAAUACUCUUCAGAUUCAGACCCUGCUGCGAAGGCUAUUAAUGAAAGCCUUCAGGUGUUUUGCCAAUUUCCUGCCCUCUUGUGUCAUUGGAGGUCCAGCUUGUUAAUGAUAAAUGAGGAGAUGUGUUUUUGCACUUAACACAGUUGGACUCAUAUAUUGCAUCAAUACAGCAAGGUAAAUGCAAUGCACUUGACUGCAUCGAAAAAACGACCUAUGUUAUGUAGUUCAUCAAUUUUUCAAGGCCUUCUCCUCUUGCUCUCUUGAACGCACAUGCAUAUACAUACAUUAUGAGUAAGUAUUUAUAUGCACGCACAACCUUAAAAGCUGCAAAAGAUACAUAAUACUUUUUAAGUUAUUGUUGUCCCUGCCGUCUUUCCCUGCUUGCCUUGUUUUCUCACAAAUCCACCACCGUCUUUGGCUCUGUGAUGUCCUCUAAGACUCUAAACUGGCUUUCAGUCAGUUGUGAAAUUCUUCCGUCAUGCCAGAGAACUUCUCAGCAUUUCAAGGUCUAGAAGGUCCAUUAGCUGAACAUAGUUCAGGCUGAAACAAAUUGCCAAAUGCAGCUAAAAAUAGCAGUUUGUUGAACCCUUGAGCUACUUGGCAGGUGUUUGAAGGUUGUGGAGCAUGUAUCUGUGCCACUCUGGGUUAUAAACUCAAUUGUGGCUGAGUAGUUUGUUUGCCUCCCAUCUGGUAGGUAGUUUAAACUACUUUAGUUUACAAGCUGUUUGAUCCUUAUUGUUUGAGUCCUAAAGCUAUAGGAAGAUAGAAGUUUUUGUAUCCUCCAGCUUUAAUUAACCUCUUGAGACCCGAGCUUUAGUUUGGAAUGAAAUUUGUUUUCUUUUACUUAUUUGGGAACUGAUAUGUAUAAAGCCUAAGCCUUGUCGUCGAAAAGAAAGUAUUUUUCCCCAGAAAAUUCUGUUGAUUUUAUUGGUGAUGAUAAUGGACCACAGAGACUUGUAAAGGCCAGAUAUCAACUAAAUAUCCCCUAAAAGUUCUACAGGACUUGGAAAAUUUUGGAAUUUGGAAAACCCCAAAUUUCAUUGAAAAUUAUGGCAAUUUUCCAUAAAAUAAAUUCCUCUAACAUCUAUAUCCUCUUAAAUACUAAAUUCCCAUGAAAACUCAGGAAAUUAUCAAAGGAAAUUCCAUCCCCAAAUUUCCAAUCAGAUUCCCAAAAUAUACAAAUAUUUGAAAUUUUGAAAAAUAACCUAUAAUGUGAUAUGAUAUUCUCAAAGUGUUAAAGAGAAACUUUAAAAAGACCAAAGAUUUAAAUAUAUUUUUUCACCAUAAAUUCCCAGAAAAUCUUGAACAUUUUUGAAGCAAAUUCCCCAAACUUUCAAAGCUAAUUCCACUUGAAAUUUCUAAUCAAAUUCCCAAAAAUGUAUAAAUAAAUUCCCCCAAAUUUCUUUGAAAAUUAUGGAAAUUUUUUAUAAAAGAAAUUCCUCCAACAUCUAUAUCCUUUUAAAUUCCCAUCAAAGUAUCAAAGGAAAUUCCAACCCCAAAUUUCCAAUCAAAUUUCCCCAAAUAUAUAAAUACAUUUUCCAAAUUACAUUAAAAGAACCUUAAAAUUUCAAAUUAAACCCCCUUUCAAAACUCUCUAAAAUUUACAAAAAUAUACCCAUGAAUUUUUGUGAAAAUUCCUAAAAAUGUUAAAGCAAAUUUUCCUGACAUUUCAUGCAAAUUGCUCACACCUCUAUGGAAAUUUUGAAGAAUUAUCUCAAAAGAUCUAAAAGCAGAAUUUACUGCUUUGUUGCAGCAAAGACGAUGCAGGGUCUCAGGAGGUUAAAGCAGCUCUAGCAGCACAAGCCAGUCCAAGAGUGUUCUUCAAAUUUUUGGUCCAAGGGUGUCCUGGACUGCGUGGUAGGCAUGGCAGUGGAUCAUUGAGCCAGUUGUCUUCCGGUAGAUCUUAACCAGAUGUACAGUUGGCAUUUUGUUAUCUUCCAAAAUGAGGGUGCUUUCACACUGAGGGACAGGGAUCUGAGUACACUUGAGCCCUGCUUAGGUACUAGGCCCCAGUCUGCUUAGAGAGGUGGUCUGAGGCAUGAUUAGUUUGCACUCUGGCUUUGUACACAAGAGAUGUGAAUGCAUGCAUGCCCAGAUUCGGGAGAGUUGCAGCAGCUAUAUGACGUCGUAACAACAAAAUUUCUAAUAUUUUGUUAACACUUUAAAUGUACCGUGGAAAUUAUGAGAGUCUAGUCAACAAAUGGUCUGUUAUGCCUUACCUUGCAGAUGACAAGUUGUAGUCUGUGGUGUUGCCACGGCAACUCCUAACCUCUCCUGUCUCUUAAAGAGCUGUCAUAUCCAUGUAGCAUGGGCCCAUUUCAUCCUCUGAGCUGCAAGAUGUGGGAGUAGGAAGAGGGUUGAUGUUGGUGCCUCAAAUAAAGAACAUCCUUAGCAGCAGGAUGAACCCCAUUGCUGCAGGAAACACAAACAUUCCUCGCUCAUUUGAUGCAGGUGGUUUCUUCUUUCUUCUUGGUGGAUUUGCAAAACAGUUACGACCAUACAGACACCAACUGUAAACACGACAGAGCAACAAUCAUGCCUGAUGUGAAAGCACCCUGAGGAGAUAAGGAAUAAAUGCUUGUUGGGAAAAGGAAGGCUCUUUGCAGAUGAUGUGGUUCUGUUGCUUUGUGUAGCAGUGAACUCCAACGAGCCUGUUGUCCUUUUGUAGAUGAAUUUGUGAAUCAGCCAACUUCAGUGGAAGGCCAUAGUUCUCUGCUGGCAAAUGGUUGGGAGUGAGUGACUGCCUCAAGCUUAAGGUCAGGUAUCUUGGGGUCUUGUUCAGGACUGAGGGUCUAAUAGAUUGCAAGACAAACAGGUUGGCAUAGCCUCGGCAGUAAUGGAAUUGUAUUUGACCAUUGUACUGACAAAGGAGGUGAACCUUAAGGCAAAGCUUUCAGUUUACCCGUCAGUGUAUAGAUGUUCCUGUCCUUAGCUAUAGUUGAGGGCUUUGUAUGAUAGUACGACUCAUGCUAUCAUGGGUACAAGCAACAAAAUGAUUUACCUCCUCCGCCAUGGAGAUAGCAUUUCACAAGCAUCACAUUUUGGGUAUGUUCUAUCGAGAGGAGACCUUCAAGGCCUAAAGUUGCUUAAGGAAUACUGAACCUCACUUGACAUGGAAACCCCUAAGAAACUGGGAACUGUUACUGCGAGGAAGACUUCUGGGGUAACUUGCAUAGACUGCUACCAGACCAAGCAUAAGCAGAAGAAAAUGGACUAGAAAGAAAUGUUCUAAUAUUUGCAACUGGAGGUGUGAUUUCUGGACAAUGUGGACACCACUACAGCUUUUCUCUGGACUUUCCAUUUGAACAGUUAGGACUGUUUUCUGUCUCUUUCCAUCUACAGUCAGUACCAGAAGGAAAGGUAUGAAUGAAUUAUUUUGUAGCAGUUGGUGAAUGGCGGCAGUCAUUGAUCUGUCUCUGCCUAUCAUUACCAAGCUAUUUACCUGACUUAGUUCAUUAAAUUCUCCAGUUAUUUUGUCAUGCCAUCAGACCUACCUAAGAGUUUUGAAGACCGCUAGUCAAGCUGCUUCUAGCUUUCUUACCAUUGCAUUUCAUAAUAUCAUGCAGAUAUGCCUUUUUAAAGGUCAGCGAAUGUCUGUAGCAAUGCUGGUUGCAGCGUCAAACUGUUCAAAUUCCUAAAUCUUUGCUGCAGAUUCCCAACUAGCAAACAAGCAAAAUGGGGUGUCUUUGAGCUUUUAACUAAGUGGUUGCAUUCAGUCAUGAAGAGUAGCAAAAACAUCCCUGAACUAGACAACUCCAUUUUGCCUGUGUUUCGUCUGCUAACGUAGCUGUUGGCAGGGCAGUAUGUCCUGGCUGUAGACCCUGACCUUCAGCCGGGUCGUUUCUAGAUUUGUAGUUUGAAGUUCCUCUCGAUGAGAUGAAGUGGACUCUACCAGGAAGUCAAACCAAGGUUGUCUCUUGAAAGAUCAGCCUGUAUAUGAAAUGCAGGAUCUGUCGACUAGGGAUUUGCUGCUUUUACGUUUUACCUUGGUGAAAACACAGUCUGGUACUCCCUGACAGAACAGUGAAGUACGUAGGCACAUUUUUCUUUCUUUUAUACAAGUACACCCUGUUUUCUGUCGUGUUUCAGUCUGAAAGUGCGUCAAGUAGUCCAAGGAUGAGAUGGAACUCAGAAAUGAUCUUGGCCAAGCUCAUUCGGCGUAGGAUGUGUCCUGCCUCUUGCCUCAGAGUUAGAAAUGCUAUCAUUUUUCAGUCCUCAAGUGCAUCUGAAGAACUUUUAAAAGAAACGUAGCCCUUUACACACAAGCUCUAAACCGUUUCCGGUGCUGCCUGAUCGUUCUAGACCUUUCCAGACAUUGGUUCUUUCUCUGUGUUACAGCAUUAAAAAAUAAAACAAAAAAAAAAAAAAAAAACUUACGCAUGUGUUGCCUUAUAGCUGCUCCCUUCAACCCCGGCUGCACUCCAGGCGACUUUUACCUCGUCUUCUUCAGUUCUAAGAUAAAUUUAAACUUCCUCACCUGCCGUGACUGCAAACGAUAAAGUGAAGAUUACAGAUGGGCGAUGACGUCUCAUUUUCCAAAGUUGCGAAGGCAGCUUCGAGUCGUUCAUUUAGACGAGGAAGAUGUCGCCUCCUCUCCUGUCGUGUACUGGAUGGUUCCUCUAAUCGUUGUCAAUACUGUUUCAAUACUCUCAUAGAUUACAUAUGGAAGGAUCUAUUCCAAAGUGACACAUCCGUUAUACGAAGAAAGACUCCAGUCACCUGUAAGUGAUGGCCAAAUUUAAAUCCUCUACUAAAAUAAGGCUGGUUUUAAACUUCUAUCAAGAUUUGACAAAGUGAAACAUGACUCUUAAUCCUAAAGGACGACGUUCUUCUCCAAAUGGAUAUAUCGUGAUUUGGAAUAGAUGUUUUCAUCAACUGUAUCUUUAAUAUCUUUAAGUGGUGGAUAGAAGUGACUCUUGCAGUUGGUAGAUGUGUAAGGUAUUAGGCUGUUAGGCGAUGUGUCCAACAGUUGAUAGCAAUGUUUUUCUUUUGUUCUCAUAUGGGGUAGCACAACUCAACUUAGUGGCCUAUCUUUCAACCAAAUAGGGCUCUUGAUUUUAUUAUUUGACUUUCUGAAGCCUUUUUUCUCCUUUUGGAUUGUUUUAUGAUAUGUGAUGUAAUUUUAAGUGCGAGAUUUAUGAAGCACUGAUUGGAUAAAGGAAGGAUCCUCAUUUAAAUGUAUGGUAAAAUAUGCGAAAUGAAUUUGAAAUUGUGCUUUUUAUGGCGUUUGUUCAUUUGUACUGUACUUUAAUACUUUUUUUGAAAUAUGCAUAAUGAUGUUAAUAUGACGCUGUUAUUUGAACGCCAUUUUUUUAAAAGUCCAUUUUGGGUUUGAUCAGAAGGCAAACUGGUUUUAAUGUGUAGAGACUGCAGUUAGGUCUGCUUUACUGCUAAUAUGAAUUAUGUACAUUGUAUUGGAUGGUAAUGACGGGGAGAUGGAGGAUAAUAAUGACAUUGUAAUGUAUCUGAACUUCUGAAGCAUGUUUUGCAAACCCUUAUUGUACAGAUUAUGUAUUCAGUGUCAUGUUACCUGUUACCGUUGUUGCUUUCUGUGUUUCUUGUACAAGGCUUUUAAUUAAA